ACAGUAAUGGCGAUUUAGAGGUUUUUCUGUGAAUGAAGUUUUCCUAUAUUUGCUGCAAUUAAAACACUUUUAUAAUGCUUUUUAAAAAGACGAUAAUAUGGCAGAAUAUAGCAUGACGCGAUAAAGACGGACUUGUCUCAAGAUAUCUAGACAACGAAAAAAAAAUUCAAUAUGGGUCAGCGAUACACCCUUUUCUUUACUGCGAGAGAAGGACGUGAAGAAGAUCUGAAAUGGGCCUUGACCGAGAGAAAAAUCUCCCCUGACCUACGUGACCCUGAAACAAAGUACACUGCUCUGCAUGUUGCAGCUUCUAAAGGAAGACCAGCAUGUGUGCAGCUGCUGAUAGAAGCUGGUGCUUCAACUAAUGCCAGAGAGAAAGAUGGUCUAACUCCACUACACCUUGCAGUCUAUCAUGGGUAUGCUAACUGUGUGAAGAUCCUCAUUGAGUACGAAGCAGAUGUGAAUAGUACUUCAAGAUUUGGAAGCACACCACUGCAUCAGGCAGCUUAUUUUGGUCACUUGACCUGUGCUCAGAUAUUACUUAAUGCAGGUGCCAUGGUCAAUGUUGAGGAAGCUUGGGGACAAACCCCUCUUUAUCUUGCAGCACAGAGGGCACAUAGUAAUGUGAUUCAGUUGCUGCUGCAAUACAAUGCAUGUGUUAGUCAAACAGAAAAAGCUCACUACAAGACAGCCCUCCAUGUCGCAUGUGAGGCCCAAAGUAUAUCAUGUGUACAGUUUCUUCUAGAUGCCGGUGCAGAUCCUAAUGUUCAGUGCAGUAGUGGCAGAACUCCUAUGCAUGAAGUUGUAACCGGAGAAGAAGUUGAAGCUCUUUCAAGUUUACUGAUUGAAUAUGGAGCACGUUGUGACAUUGCUGAUCAGAGUGAUUGCUCAGCCAUCGACUGCCUUGAAGCAUUGCUACAGCGCUAUCACAGUACUUCAAAUAUGGAAAAAUAUGCUAGAUACAAAAAGUUAUUAGAGUAUAUAUGGAAAAUUCAUGGUCAGCCUAAAACACUUAUGCAGAUGUGUCGAGUCAGUCUUCGCAAGUAUCUGUCUCCCAACAGCUUGUAUAUAGUGACUGAGCUGGAUAUACCGCAGUGUCUAAAGAACUAUAUUUUACAUGUGGUGGAGGACAAAGGGUGUAUAUCAUGAUUACAAUCUUUGAGUGUAUUAAUUAUUUAUUUUUGAAAAAAGUAGUGUUUUAUUGUUUCAGAUUUUAUUCAAUUUUGAAUGGGUAUCAAAAUAGUACAGGGUGUCUUCCAUUGCACAUUACGUUUAGAAAAUGUAGCAGAUUUGUUUUUUAUGAUUGUACUGUCAGUAAGAGUCAUGCAAUUUGUUAUGUCUUGAAAGGUUUUUAAUGAAUGCUCAUUAAGAACAGGUUUUACAAGAACGACAAACUGUCCUAGUGCUAUCCCUAAAAGUUCUCAAAGCAAACGUGUCUGACGUCACAGAUAAAGUCCCAUAUGUGACAACUGGAAGUGGCUGUUCCUAGGCAGGUUCUAGUCUAAUAAUUAUAUAACACAAUUUUAAGAAAAUCAUAUGGUUUUGAGUGCAAUUUAAAAAAAAUUCAACAGUGAGUUUUUAGACUUCAAAAUUACACAAGCCAUAGACAUAUGGCCAUGUGAGCUCUAAGAAAAUCCAUAGCUCAAAAUUUAUUCUAAAUUGCACCAAAAAAGCAUACGAGAGAUAAAUGGAGUACUUUCUGAAAGGAAGAGAAAAACUC